AAUGGCAAUCAAUCCAAAUCAAGAGAUAAAUGUCCGGUCGGCAACUAGUGCCCUGUAUCAAUUAUGGCGGUCAAGUCAUAAAAAAUUUAAGCCAUUUUAAUCAUUUUAGAAGUUUUUUUAACAAGUUUGAACGAUCAUGAUGAUAUGGCGUUACCUUCUUGUUUCAAUAGCUGGCGAGUUUGGCUAAAGCCUUUAGCAGUUAUAGUCUAUAUUCUGCUAUUGUGUAUAUCCGUGCCUUUAUGUAUAUGGGAGCUACAUAACAGAAGGGCAAGAACUCACACCCAAGCAUGCUUCAUUGGCGCUAUAUUUAUGUUCUUCACUAUAGGGUUUGCGAUUGCUGGAAUCAUUCAACAUCUGCUCAACUACACGAAGCCCCAUCUUCAAAAAUAUAUUCUUCGAAUACUAUGGAUGGUGCCUAUUUAUUCUGUUACUAGUUGGUUAGCUCUUCGAUUUCCUGAAGCUGCAAUUUACUUGGACAGUGUACGUGAAUGUUAUGAAGCAUUCGUGAUAUUGUCCUUUCUCGCUUACCUGCUCAGCUACCUACACGCGGAACAUGAAGAUUUUGAACGCGUUAUGGAAUCAAAACCCCAAGUUCAUCAUUUGUUCCCAAUUUGCUGUUUACCUGAUUGGAAGAUGGGAAGAGAGUUCAUCGAGAAUUGCAAACAUGGAGUAAUGUCUUACACUGUUGUUAGAAUUGCUACGACAUUUGUCGCUUUCGUUACGGAACUCUCUGGUCACUAUAACGAAGGAGAUUUCGAUUUCAAAUCCGCUUGGUCUUACGUUGUUAUCAUUACAAACUUCUCGCAAAUGUGGGCUCUUUACUGCUUGGUGAUAUUUUAUAAAGCUACGCGUAAAGAACUUCAGCCCAUCAAACCAUUUGGAAAAUUUCUGUGUAUUAAAAUGGUCGUGUUCGCCACAUUUUGGCAGGCGGCUCUGAUCGGAAUCCUCGUAAAGGCAGAAGUCAUUUCCAGUGUGAAAACCUGGGAGUUUCAUGACGUUGAAGAUGUCUCUACUGGAAUACAGAACUUUUGCGUCUGUGUUGAGAUGUUCAUUGCUGCCGUAGCACAUUAUUACGUGUUUUCACACACACCUUUCGUUGAUCCUGAUGCUCCCUCGUAUCCCUGUUGGGCUUCUUUCCGGUCCAUGAUAGAUAUGUCUGAUGUCCGUGAAGACAUGACGGAGCACGUGCUUGUAGUUGGACGCAGUGUCAAGGACACGGUGUUGAGAACAAUUCCCCGUAAGGCAAAUGAAAGUGAAAGAAGACGUUUACUUGACGAUAAUAAUACCGGUAAUACCAUUCCAGUUAUUAAUGAUAUGCACGCAGUAGACCGUACCACAACUACAGAUUUCAGUUGUCAGACUGAAAACGGUCUCGAAGACGACAAUAGGUAAUUUUACAUUCGAAUGAAAUUUCUUUCUGAUGAAGUAGAUGCUGGCUUCGUUUUCUUCGAAGCGGUUUCUCGUUAUGGCGAUUUGGCAAUGGUGUUCUCAUCGAGCCUAUUUUACAUAACCAUAAAAACCUGGUCUUAUGGAGGACAUAUUUAACCGUGUUACCGCAUAUUUAUUGAAGGCUUUCAACUUCUUUUAAACUGUAUCAAAGCAAUGUUCAAAAACA